UCUGAAAACGCAGGCCGGCGGCCAUUGGUGGCGGAGGUGGCGUCUGGUUCCGGCGACUCGCUGGCGGCGAAGAGGGGAAGCGGCGACCAUUUCUAGCGAGCCGGGUGCGGGGCAGAGGCGGAAGCGGGGAUGUCGAAACGGCUGGUGUCGCGGCUGCUGGGGAUGUUCCAAUCGCGGACGCAGGUGGGCGUCGACAAGGCCGGCAACCGCUACUUCACCCGCGUCGAGGAGGUCGACGGCGCCACGAAGGAGAAGCGGUGGGUGGAGUUCAAGGGCGCCGACCAGGACUCGACCACCGUUCCAGUUGAGUGGAUUUGCUGGUUGAAUGGCCAGAGGAAGAAAGCUCCAACACCAGAGGAAUUGGCUGAGCUGGAGGCGAGGCGUAAACGUGUUAAGCAAAACAUUGAACUUCUCAAGAAGAAAGAAGAAGAAGAAAGAAAGGCUGUUGUCCGGCCAGUCAAGAAAAUUGGGAAAGCUGAAUCUCCGAAUCUUCAAAGUUUUGUGAAGCAGCAGUUCCCUGGUACUCCUCUAGAUCAGAAGAAAGGACCUGAGGUAUCCAGGCCUGAGGAUGCAACUGAUACAGAAGAUGCUACAACAGAUAAUGAGAGGUCUUCCGAGCCAACAGGAACCGGUGCGACUUUUAAGCCAGGGACUUGGCAGCCACCAACAUGAGUGCCAACCUUAAUUUCAGCAGAUGAAGGGUGCUGUACCUUAAUUCCACCAGCAUGAGUGUAACAUUUUAACCUUGGCUCUGAAAGGAUCAAUUACGCGAGUUCCUUUUUUUUCAGUUGGUUAAGCAUUUGAUGGAGUUGUAGGUAAUCAGGGCUCCAUGUUGCCCUGGAUUUUUGCCAAAUUCUCCGGUGUAAUUUUGAUGGAUCGUGAUAACAAUUUUAAUAAACUUGAGCAUGGCUCUGUUAGGCUUCCCAUGUAA